UAUAUUAUUUGCCCACAGAUUGGUUGUUUCGCAGCUCUGUGCCUAGAACUUCUUAAGAGAGACAGUUUGGUUGUUCUGUACAUAGGGUCAGGUAUAUUUGGUCUUUUCCUAAGUAGCAUCUACCCAUCCUCUGUAGCCCUUGCAGAGCAGCACAUCAGAAUGUCAGGAUUGGUAACGAGUUGUAUCGUGAUUGGAGCUGCUACAGGAGAGAUGACAUUCCCUGUAAUAGUUGGUAGGUUGAUCUUCCCAAUACAACCUAUGUUCUUCCUGGCCUUCUGUGCUGGAGCUUGCUGUCUUGGUAUCCUGGUCUUUGGUCUCCUCCAAACCAUAUCCUAUUGUUCGGCAGAGAAAGCUAAACCAAUUCCAUUAGCUGAAGGGGCAUAUAUGUGGUGUCGUAGCUGCUGCCUAGCAUCUAGAGAAAGCCUCCUGUUUGGGGAAUCUAAGUACUACACAACUCUGACGGACACCAAUUCAGCCUACAAAGUUAUAACUACCAAGGAACAGUUUCAGAUGAAACCGUCCGCCAAAUCCUCAGAAUUAGAAACAGAGUUGGAUGACAGUGAUAAAAUCCAUGGGGAUGCGCCUAGAUAAUGAGAAUUGUGCUUGUGCAAGAUGUCAUGUGCAUGAUUUGUUUUAUUUUUGUUUUGUCAAUGGCAAAUCAUGUACAAGAAAAAAAAAUGAAACUGUAAAUAUUUAUCUGUUUAUGCUACCUGGCCCAGGAUCACAAAAAUAUUGGCAGAAAAUUGAGAAAUAUUGAGUGAAGGCCAUGUUUGUCUCUGUACAAUUCAUCUGUCAACCUACCUGAGGAUGUAAUACAAAAAUACAAAAUUAAAAUUUACAUUAGAUUGUAUCUGUUGUACUGUAUUUGUUGUAUCUGCUUUACAUUUAACAUUAGUUUUACAAUUUAUUGUAUCUUUAAUGUUUCAAGGGCCCAUUUCAUAAAUGUAACUGUCAUUAUGGUAAAUACCAUUGAAACAGGGCUUGCCAGGCAUACCAUAUCAGAGUUUCUAUUUAGACAUUAUUUAACAAAGUUAUCAUCAUUAUUAUUCCUUAAUGAUAAAGAUCAGGACUUGUCCUAUAUCAACCCUGUGGAUAGUGUAGUGUUUGUUAAAAGGGUUAAGUUUUGGAGUGCAUGAACUAUGUCUCAUUAUUACCCAUCUAGUUUUGACAAAUGCAAAUAAAAUGUGCAUUGUGUUAUUAUGUUAGUCCACAGGAUAAGGAAAGAUUGACCGUAGAUCUAGAUCCGUAGGAUGAAGAUCGAGGGUCACUCUCUUCAUCAUUGUGAUCAACAAUCCAGUGCCUCCCUAAAAUCAAAGAUGUUUGGGAGGACAUGAUAUAUAUAUAUAUCUGUAAAUAGCCAGAGUGAAUUCAUUGCUAAACAAGAGAUCAGGGUCAACAUAUCUUGAUCGCGAGCUUGAUCUUGCCAAUCACAUUUGGAGUGGGACUAUAGCAUGAAAUGGAAUAUUGUACUAGUUUGCAUUAAGUGGUUAAAUCUAUAUUAAUAAAGAAAUGCAGUAAAGGCCUGGUCACACCGCCCUAGCGUUGUUGGAGUGGAGAGAAGAAAUCAUCGCUCGCUGCCGUUCACCAUUUUCGAUUUUUUUUUUUUUGUUGUUUUUUCCCCCAAUUUUGUGAGCGAAAUUCUACCCUCUCAACCUACCGCUCCAACAACGCUCGGGCGGUGUGACCAGGCCUUUAGGAGGGCUUUUGAUUGCCAGAUUUUUCAAUGAAUCUUUUUUUUUUGGAAAAAAUGAAUCCCCAUAGUUCCGUUACAUUUUGAGUCAAAUUUUCAUGUUUGAAAUAUAGAGUUACUGGAAGGCAACAACCUAAUUUCCAUUAAUAGUGGAUAUAACCUCUUUUUUGUAUAUGAUUUCUGUAUUAAAUAUGUUUAUCUCUCUGUAGGAGGGGACACAGACCGUGGGCAGUGAUACUAGGAGGGGUGAUCGGUUGCCCCCUGUAAAUCUAGAUUUAUUUUGUUUAAAGCAACCAAUGGGAGAAAGUUGUCUUGUGCCCUUCCCUUGACAAGAAAUUCUUGCACGCAAACUGAAAGUGGUGCAGAAAUCUUCAAGAAUAGAAAAAAGUUGUCUUUGAAUUCUCCAUGUGAAGAGCCAACCUUGCUUUAGUGUAUUGUUGAAUAACAUUUCUAUGUAUGUAAAUAAUAUUAUUUGUUUCAUGUUUAACUGUGGAAAGGUCCUGAUAUAUUGAUGAUGAUGGUAUUGUACUAAUAAAUCUAAUGAAUCAAUUUUUUGUUUGGCAAAUGCAAAGAAUAAUUGGUUGAAUUACCCUCAUGGGCAUGAGACAUAGCCCAUCUUGUAGCCAAAUAAUGAAUUACCAUGAGGGCCCUGUGCCAUAAACCUUAGCAAUAAAUCAUGGGGGUGAUUGAUUGAUUGAAUUCAUUAUUUAAAAAUGAUCAAUUGUAAGAAUCCCACCUGUGAUCAAUUCUUAAGGUUAAGGUUAUGGGCCCUGAAUAGCAUUAAAAAUGUGAUGGUCAUUAUCCUCCCACCCCCCCCCCCACGUCCUGAAGAAUUGGUUUGAUACAUUCCUCAGAAUGUUUGUAUUUUUUUUUCUAAGUACCAGUGAAUUUGUGAUAUUCAUGAUUGAAUUUUAUUUUAAAGAGUUCUUUAUCUUUGUUCUGCAUAAUGUCACAUCAAUCUGUAGAUUUGCUUAUAUCAUGUUUUUCACAAGCUAAGAGUAAGAUGUAAGAAAAAUGAAGCUAAGAAUUAUUUUAUUUUUAUACAUGUAUCUCAUAUUUUGUUUAUAUUGAAUCUUAUUUUGUCUGAUGAUGUUGUCUAUGAAGUACUGUGGAAAUGCUUUCAGAAAUGUAGAAAACAAAGUGGUAAAGAUUUGGAAGAUAUGACAAAAAAGUUACUUGAAAUAUAUAAAUUUGUAAAGCAAAUUGCAAGCUGUAUAGUAUAGCAUUAUGUGAAAGAAAGCAAUUGAUUUUACUACAGUGUAUGAAGAAAUCAUGUAGUGAUUGCCAGAUACCUCGGAAAAUAGCCUUUUCGAUAUUUUGAUAUUCAAUUGAUGAGUAAUUUAGUAUUGAUUAAUUGCGGACAGUAAGGAAGUUUUAAAAAUGAAUAUGUAAAAAAGUUGAAAAAUGUACUUUGAUAUUCAUAGUUUUCUUCAUCGAUUCACCAGUAAUAUACUUAUUGCUCGUAGAUCCUCGGCAAUAAAUGAGACGAAAUGAUUUGGAAUUUGCUUCAAAUGGACCUGCUCAUUUUAAAUACUGAAAGGAAUCUCUAUAUUUAGUUCAAACGUAUGUUUAGAUUUGUUCACCCUGACUGAAUACUGGUGGUGUGUAUAACAAAUAAGGCUGAAAAAAAAAACAGUUUCACAAAAGUAGCAUGGUGUAAUCAUCAUUUUUAUUGCCCAUUUUUGUUCAAUAUGUUAUAUAUUUCAUUAAUCUUGGAAUUAUGUAAUCUUGGAAAUCAAAAUCUAAAAUGAUUUGAACCAAUGAGAGAAGUAUGUUAGAAAUAUUUUUGCAUGAUAUGUUUUUAAAUAUGUUACAUAAUAAGAAUAUUACCCCAUUCUUCACAAAUUGAUAUAAGUUGUAAAGCUUAAUUUAGCAUAUCAGCCAAAAUAAUCAGCCAAAUUGCUGUCUUUGACCCAUGUGUAGUAAAUUGGUACCUGACAGGAAUGUUAAUUACAUGAAUCAGCUGAGUGUCAGGAAUGGCAGACAGUCUGAGGUGGGUAAUAAUGACAAUUAGUGCCUUUAGCACUCUGAAAGCUGGAUAUUGGCUCAGUCGGUAACGCGUCUGCCCGUCGAACCAAAGAUCGUGGGUUCGAGUCCACCCCGGACGGAUGACUGAAGC